AUGCCGCCGCUCGAGUUGUGGAGCCACCCAGCCCGUGCUGGACGCGAGCAAAGUGGCUUCCGGACAGUCGAGUUCCCUAUCCAUGCUUCCCCCAAGAGCUUCACGGCAUACUUGCAGGACAUGAAAACUCUCUGCAUCCGCCUGUAUGGCAUCACGACUUCGGGGGGCAUGAGUGGUGAUUCGGUCGGCCUAAGUGAGAUUGACCUGCAACCUUGGCUGCGCGGACCGGAUGUCGACUAUGCACUGCGGGUGGAGGGCUUCUUCCCAGUGGUGCGGAGCCAUUCAGAUCGCGUGAUGGUUGGCCAGCUUCGGGUUUGCCUUCGCACCGACUGGGCUGAAGAUGCCGAGCUGCGCCCAAAAGCCGAGGCAAUACGCUCCUUCGAGCAGCACGAGUGGCAAGCCAGGCUCACAGAGGAACGCACUCGAGCGGUCGUGCGUGAUGUGCGGCAUGAUGCAGAGAAGGCCGGACAAGCGGAGCCUUCCGUGGUUGGUGCGCAUUUACAAGUACAUUUGUGCGGACUUCGGUUGCAGCGUUCAGCCUUGGAUGCUGCGUCAGCAGGUGACUUGCAUGUGGCCUUCCGCUUUGGCCCUGCAGAUGAAGUAAGCGUGGCAGCCUCUUUGCAGGAAGAGGACUCAGAUUCUUUCAGCUACCUGUUGGGUUCAGCGGAUGUUUCCUCCACGCCAGUGUGGCAGCUGCGAGACGGGAGGGUCGAUGCUCCAAGGCUGAGCUCCAUGCAUUUUCACUUCUGGCAAGGAAAGCAACUCUUCGGUCUUUCGGCGCUGCCUUUGCCGGCCACGGGCCUUCCCCAGGAGCCCAGCGGGCUUGGGCCCCCAAUCUUCCUGCUGUGCCAAGACGUGGAUGUCCGCUCGGUCUCCUCUGGCCGCGUCAUUGGGCGCAUGAAGCUUGCUCUCCAUGCUGGGCCAGCCCGGGCACUGAAGGCCCAGCCGCCCUACUCUCCGAGCAUGCCUUCAAGGGUCGAGGCAAGACCCCCGCCGCAAGUGUCCCAAGGCCCUCUUGAGGCGAUCGGGGCGACCGAAGACCCGGAAGCUGCAAGAACUCUGCGGGGCUCCUUCGAUCAGGCUUUGCCUGGCACUGCUCGGGACGAGACUUCUUCGUGUCUUUGGCUGGUCGCCGCUGGCAUAUCGGCAGACGAUGUUUUGGCCGAAGCCCGCAGGCAGCAUCAAAAGCCUGGAAGUGCGCGAAGCCCUCUUGGCUCUCUUGAGCUCGACGAACUGUGUGAGGCUCUGAUGCGAACCGUGGAAGGUUUGACACCCAAGCAUGCAGUACUGCUGGCCAGCAAAGCCAAGUGCGGGCAGCGGAUGGUAAGCACCGACUUGUGGAAAGGCGUUGUGUUGGAGUUGUCUGCUCGCGUUGAAGCUGCACUUGAUCUGCUUCAGCAGGAGCUGGCGGAGGCGGGCUGUGAUGCUUUGGGGAAGCUCGCUGCGCUCGCUGAGCAGUUGGCAGCCUUGGGCCUGGAAGCGAGCCUUCGUCAUGGAGAGUUUGCUGCCGCCCUCGCGCAGCAUGCUUCCAGGGGUCCACGCUGGGGCUUGAUGGAGGAGCUGCUGCGCCUGCUGGACCCAAGCUCGGCUGGGAUUCUGCCAGCAAGGCCAGUGGCCAAGCUGGUAGCGCGCAGAGCUGAGACACUGCGCAAAGCCGAGCCGAGAGGGCCGAGGCCAGACGAAACGAUGGAGGCUGCUAGGAUUAAAAGGAGACAGGAUGAACCCUUCCGAGCGCCCUCGCUGCCGGCGGCCAGGCAGCUGCUCUCUGCUUUCUUCUGUUUACUCACGGCCGGUGAACUUCGCCUCCUCGAAGCCUGCAGCUGCCUGGACACGGUGGCCAAAGAAGUCUCGAGAAGGCAGCCGUCCUUGUGGUGUUCCGAUGGUUCCGAAGAAGCCGUCCUCGCUGGCAUACUGGAAACUGACACAACCGGAGUCCUUGAAGUCGUGAAGGCCUGGCAGACACUGCGCCUCCCGACUUCUGCAUCACCAGCAGUUGCGGCUUUAAGAAGCCUGGCACAGCUGGAGAAUUCCGAGCUUCGUGUCCGCGAGGCGAAGAUCCAGGAAGCAAUGGCUCUCAGCGACUUGUCCCCGGACCCGGACCACGCCAGGCACCGCGAGGAGGAGUUCUUUGCUGCGCUUCUGUCUGCCAAGCUGGGGCCCAAAGAACUGCAAAGUCGGCUGAAGGAGUCCUGCGCAAUGCUCGGCGAAGGGGGGCGUUUCCUGCGAUUGGACCAGUUCCUCGCCACGGUGCGAGGUGCAGGCAUUGCGAUUGCUAACGCUGAUGUGCUGGAGGUCGCCCGGAGAUGGGCCACUUCCGGUCUGCUGGACUCACAUGCUUUAUUUCAGAGUCACGACUCAUGGCGACGGCGCUCCUUCCCGCAUGCGGUGCCCGCAGCUGCUGUCCAUGGCGAGUCCGGAGUCAGCGAGCUAAGCAGGUUGGACUUGCCAAGUUAUGUCCUCUUCGCUUGCCUAGAUGUCGCUGCGAAGGGGCAUGUCAGCAAGGACGUGGUGUGCCAGAUGAAGGCAUGGCCCUCUGUUCUGGCCAAGUUCGUCAGCGACGCUUUGGUGCUCUGCGAUCCCACGGAUCGGGGAGUUAUCACCUACGCAGACUUCAGGAGGUUCUGUGGCCAUCUCGAUCGGCAACGGCCAGAAGACCUGGCCCAGGUGUCCGAGUUCCGAUCUGAGGUCAGAGCGGCCAUCUACAGUUGCGGUCUUUCCUCGGCCGGCUUUUCAGACUCUGAGUUGUCCGUUUCUGCACAUGAGAGGGGAAUGGAUGCUCAGGCAGAUCUUGCGGGCCUGGUUCGGGUCCUGAAUUCCAUGAGGGUGCCGCGCCACGUUGCUGAGAUCCUGGCCGGUUCCUUCCUGGCUGCUAGGGAUCAGAAGCCCUCUUACCGAGCCUUCCUCACAAUGCUGCGCCGCUCGCGGGGGCUUCUGCGACGACAUGCCGAAGAUUUGUUCAGGGCCUGCUUCGCCGCUUCGGUCGACUUGAGCCAGGUGCUUCUAGAAUUCUCACCCGGGUCGACCUCCCUGCCUGCGGGCGCGGCUGUCGGCUGGGAAAGCCUAGUGGCAGCUUUGUCCAAGGCAGGCGUUGACUUUUCACAGCUUGACGCUGAGGAUGUGAUUGCUGGUCUAGACGAGUCCGGCCAGCGUUUGCUCAUACUGACCGAGCUCUCUGCCGGCUUUCAAACUUUCAAAGCCAGGCAUGGUCCGGUGUUAGAGAGUCUCGCCAAGAUGGCCGACGCAAAUUCAAGCCUCGACGUCCUCCGUCGCUUGGUUCGGUUGCAAAAGGCAACCAUUGCCGACAAGAGUGCAGAUUUCGGUGACAUUGGGACUGCAGCGUGUAUGUAUGGGCUGGAUGCUGAGCUCGCCAAAGCCGGUGGUCGAGAUAAGUGGGCGGAGACUCUGCUGGAAGGGUUGAAAGAUCUUAGAGCCACCCGCUGGGAAGAUGGAUUCCAGUGGCUGGGCGAUACGCUCCUGAGCAACUUCGGUGUGAAUCCUACUUGGGAUGGUCGUGAGCAUACAUCCAAACGGCUCAUCGAUGCUGCUGAUCGUCUGCUGGAGAAGCUUGGAGAUCCCUAUGCCCAGUAUUACCCUUCCGAGGAGUGGACUGAGAUGACAGAGGUUGCCGAAGGAGGCGAUGUUGCCGGCAUUGGUGUGGCUUUUGCACAAGACACCACUCGCGGAAGAGGUGGAUCUCCAGAAGUUGUGGCCGUGGUUCCUGGGAGCUCAGCCGCAGAUGCAGGUGUCGAGGUCGGCGACCGUUUGGUUGAAGUUGACGGGCAGUCCGUGCGUGUGCCAGCAGAUGCUGCCCGCUGGAUCCCUGGCCGACCCGGUACCUGGGCCAACGUGAGGUUCCAGCGCCGGGCCUCUGUGAAAGGAUCAGCCAUGGCAGAUGAGGAUUACUCGCUAACUUUGCAACGACAACCUAUGCGAGUCCAGCCUGUAGAAUUUCGCGUUCCAUUUACAGGCGUGGGCUAUAUCCGCGUCAUUAGCUUCAAUGGGCCGGAUGUGGUGAAGCCCUUUCGUGGAGCUCUGUAUGAUGCGGUCAGGCAGCAGCUCCGCUACCUCAUCUUGGAUUUGCGCGACAACCGUGGCGGCCGCUUGAGUGAUGCACAGCGAGCGACGUCAGAGCUUCAGCAGCAGCUGGCACAGAAGAACAUAGAGGCCGCAGCUGUGCUGGUGAACUCCAAGAGUGCCUCUGCCUCCGAGCUAAUGGCCGUGGAACUCCGGCGGGCAAAGGGUUGGUGUCUGCUUAACGAGUCAUGCGCUCAACACUUGACGCCCUUGUUGAGAUCCCGGGAUGGUCGAGAGCUCUGCGUUGCCUGCGAAGCAAUGCGGGCCGAGGAGGCUGCGCCUCCCGCUCCGAAGCCCUUCUUGGCCCCCAGAGUUGAGGACGUCGUCCCCUUGAAGGAGGGCCAUAUGGAGCCGAAGAGGGAGCACGCGGGGUUCAAGGGGCCACAGCGAGCUGCGCCUGCAGAGGGUCUCUGGGAGGUUUUGGUGCAAGGGCCGGACUUGAGGUUCUCUUGCACGCGACUUGCCUCACGUGACAGACGACGCCUGCGCCUCUUGGCAGAGAGCAUGGCAGUGAAAGUGCGCCUGGCCGCUGCCGUUGGUGUGGAUGCAAGCCUUCUGCGCGAAGCCGCGGCCGACAUUUGCAGGAAACUGUCGGACAAGGUCAUCUUACCCAAGCUGGCCAGUGGUGGCACUCAGAUCACAGAGUCCAAGGGGCAAAUCUGCGUCACGAGCGACGGUGCCACUUUCUCGAUCCCACAAGAGGAUUGCUUGCCCGUCCCUAGUGCCCGAGUGACGCCUGAGAGCAUCGCAGCCAUCAUUUGGGAGCAUCUCGAGGCGAAUGCAGUUCCAACUCUUCAGCAAGUGCCGAGUCUCAGCGAGGUCUCCUCAGCCCCCUGGUGGCUGGAGAUCUCUUUGACUGACGGCUGCGGUAUGGGACAGGAAACGACCAUCCGCCGGCAACUCAAGAGAACAAAGUAA